AUGGGGAUUCGAAGUAUUCCAGUGGCGAUGGUCUUUUGUCAGUUCACAGAUGGUCUUUCAAAGAAGGAAAGAGAGAUGGAACUCGACCUCUCAUCUCUUCAUCUCUUGGCCGACGCAGCUGCAUUGGUCUCCGAGGGAAAGCUCAGUCUCCCUUCUUCCUUCCUUGAUCUUGAUGAUGAGAAGAAGGAGACGGCAGUGAAAAUCACUUUUGGGCCAACCUGGGUUGGAUGGGUCGUCAGAAAAAAGAGAACGCCGCUAGGGCGAGGGCCGACAUUCCACGCCCAGAAGUUGAAUUCUGAUCCAGUUGUUAGCAAGCAAGAAACUUGGAGAGGUCACGCAGAGCACUGCAAGAAGCGGCCGCGUGCCUUGUAUUCCACCGAAGCCCAUGAGGUGGAUAGGGUUUCCAAGAAACCCAAGAGAACUCUGAACAAAAAUCUCGAGGCUUUAAGCGAACUGCCGACAAUCUUCAUGGACAAAAUACUGGAGAUGCGUGGCAGGGAUGUGAGGCUUGUUGUGGAGAAGAAACUCUCUCCCACCGACAUGAAUCCGGGCCAAAGCAGGCUCUCCAUACCAAAGUCGCAGGUACUCACGGAAUUUUUGAACCACCAAGAGAUCAUAACACUAGACAACAAGGGAGGGAUUAAGAUUUCUCUCGUCGACCCCUGCCUCGAAGUACAUCAUGGAUUGCAGCUUAAGAAGUGGAGAUACUCGAGCAAAACAUUUUCUUAUGUGUUGACCAAUCGGUGGAACGCGGUGGCACAUCCGCACAAGCAGAAUGGACUCAAAGAAGAUGGUCUCGUCCGGCUUUGGUCUUUCAGAGUCGAUGGCAACCUUUUCUUUUGUCUCACGAAGGUUGAAGAAGCAUCGGUCGAAGGCAGUGUGGCUCCUCUCACGAGCGACCGUCAUUCUUUUUUGGGAAGUAUUUCAUGAAUGAUCUCUGAGUUACGUAAUUUUUGCAAUACAUAUCUAGUUAAAUUCAAAUUCAUUGUACGUUCCUUACAAUUUUGGGUCAAUUUCAUAUUUUCUGUUAUUAAGGGAUAGUCGUUUUGGAGUCUCGACGAAGUUAGGAAGUGA